AUGACUGAUGAACUGGAUGUAGACGACAUCCUUGAUAAUGUGGACCUCUUAGCUCCUCAUCAAACUAGGGAAAUACAAGAAUUCCUUGAAGCACCUGAGCUUGAGUCGUUCAAGAAGAUCCGCAACGACUUACUCCAGACGCAAGAUGCCCUGGAUCACAACUUCAUCUGCUGGAAUGCGGCAUUUCUCAAGGCAGUCACUGAGGAUCAGAGAAAUGCAAAUCCAUCGAAAGAAUUCGACAAGAGAGUUGCAGAGAAGAAGAAUCGUCAAGAUCAACUGCAGAAGAGCAUUGUCACCGUCAGUAAGCAGUGGGGUAAGGAAAUCGUCAAGCACUACUACUGGAUUUUAGAAGGAGAGCAUUACUGCAACAAACUUCGUACAAUAGCACUGAUGAUCCCAAAGUGGUCAGAGGCUGUGGAAAUCCUCAAUCAAUCACUUGUCGAAAGGGUUGCCAUUCAUGCGAGUGACAAGCGAAUAAAGAAGGUGGAAGGUGCCAAUUCGAUUCGACUCUGGGAUUUGAGGCGUAUCACUAAAGCAAUUAGUGGGACAAACGUGCCACCUACCAGAUUCCAACGAAACGAAUUGCCCGAUGGUUACGGCCGUGACCGAUUUGGGCUGAUUGUCGAAGCCAGGUUUGCGAAAGAUCAAGUUGCGCUACUCAAGAUCAAAGCUUCGGAUUUUCCUCGCGACGAAAACCGUUAUCUGGUGGAUCAGGAUGGAUCUAUCGUCCUUUCGAGGCUGCUUUCAGAAGAAUCGUCCUUUCCUAAGUUACAGAGCACAAGCAGCACCGAGAGAGGCAACACCGAAGCUAGUAACACCAAACCAAGCUUACGACCAUCACGUCCAUCAUACCGCUCUCUAUUUACAUCGCCGUCCAGUGAUGGCGGAGAGGUAGACAAUACCGAAAAUGCAGAUGCAGACGGCACAAAUAUCGAAGAUGGCACCGAAUGCGCAGCAGACGUCAUCGACGACACCAAAAUGGCCGGCGCUGACGGAAGCGAAGCAAGCAACACCGAAACCGAAACAAUUGCAACCGAGCAACCAUUUGCAUCAUUGCGAUCAUCUUACUCACGGCCGACAACACAACAACAGUCAUCACCGUAUCGUUCGCCGCAUACUCCCAGGCAUGAGACCCCGACGGCGCCCUCAAGUAGUCAUGGGACAUCGGCCGUCGGCAAGUCAACACCAUCAUUGGGAGGACCAGACACCUUCAUUUCCUCCAGCUCGUCUCCCCCAAUCCACUCAUCACCGACCUUGGUGGCUCCAUCGUCCCCCCAGUUGGAAAGGUCCGCCCUUCUGCUUGACGAACACACACGGCUUAACGACAAGGAGAUAAAUGGGUAUAUUGGCCCCCUUGCCAGGCAGGAAGGCUUCUGUUUCCUCAACAGCCAUUUCCUUAAUCAGUAUGAACCCGAUAUGCAGAAGUGGAGGGGCGAACAUGGCGACCCCUUCAAUUCAAACAUUGUCUUGAUGCCUGUCCACAUCCCUGACAUUGAUCACUGGAUCCUCCUGGCCAUGUACAAGCCGUUUAGCGCCUUAACCGACAGCGAGCGAAUCGUUUGUAUUCUCGAUUCCCUUAAUUGCAAGGCAUUGCACGACAAAACUUACGACAGCUGGCUUAGGUAUCUGAGGGCUUGUGGAUUCAAGGGUCAGGUAGAGCAACGGCAGAUUACAGUUCCCCAGCAGACCAAUGAUUCCGACUGUGGGGUUUACGUCCUGGCAUUCGCUAAACAAAUCGCCGAACAAGCUAUUGUGUUUGCUAAGCACGGUGAUCUUAACUGGGCCAUCAAACCCCUCGAGUUUCGCCGGACCCUAGCAGCCGCCACCAUCGCUAGUGGGCCCGUCGACAGCAAAAUUGCUGCUGCUAACAAAGCGACGGAGAACGAAGACGACAUUAUCAUUAUUGACGCAAGCGAUACUCUUCACGAACCAACAAUUAAGCAUUGGAGCAAACGGAAAUGUGACUCGCCAGCCCCUACUCAGAACACCUCUUCUUCUUCGUCACCAGCAGACCCAUCCCAAUCAACGGAAGGGGCUGCAGUCGAAGGAGAAUGUGUUCCCUGGAGAAAACGGCGAAAGAGAAUGUUGACAGAAGAUACAGGAGUGGACAAUGAUGGGGCUAUCACUGAUGUUCACCUUCAGGUUUGCAACUCAGCCCUUGCCAACACUCCUACAUUAAGCUUCCCUGAAAAUUUGCUCCAGGAACACUAUACCGAUCCGACGAUCAUUAGUCCGCUUUCGCCUCUGCCUUCAAUUCAUCAGGCAAUGUGUGGCCAUUCUCCCGAGGCUGCGCUGCAUGGCACAGCCACCCAAGUACAGCCAUUUUCCGUCCAAUCGGCGAAUCUUCAUACGAUAUGCACGAUGCCGAACCUCGCCCUAUCGACUAGCUCCCCGAGCCAACAAAAGAACGUAUCGUCAAUGGAAAUUAGUUCCAUUAUCAAUCCGCCAAACCCGCAUAACCGCACACUUGGUAUGAAUUAUCCAGUGGAAGACAAAGCCGUAUCGCUCAUUGAUGAAAACUCCGUCUAUGUUACAUCCACCACCACAGAUGGGUGGGGUCCAACAUUUAGACAGAUAAAUUUCGUACUCGACUUUGAACACAACAAAGUUUUCAAUGUUCCGGACACUCGCGAUUUAGCGCCUGAGCCGGUGAGCCAACUGAAAAUCGAUCUGUCGGAUUUACGUGGGAAGGGAUUCUCACAUUGGAACGACAACUUGGUCGCUGAACAAAUCGGUAUAUUGAAAAAAAGCUUCUUGUGGAGCUCAGAGGGACUGGCCAUCCUUUGCUCGAUUCUGGGAAACGCGCGACUACAAAACGUCACAAAACAGUGGUUCAGGUCAACGCCGUGCACAAUCUGGCAUUGCUCGUGGUGGCAUCCGACAGGGGAUCACCCGGUCUAUUUAAAGCGGAAUACAGUUCAAAACAACGAUCGGUGCUUGGUUUUACACAUACUAUCCCAAGACACAGUUGUACAGUAUUUCACCGGUUCGCACACUGCAACGUGGCCGGAACCAUGGCUGGACGGGUCACCCUCUUUUUUGAACUUGAGUAACGAGAUUCAACAAUACACCAAAAGCAAACAACUGUCGAGUGGAUUAACGAUAUUCGACCCCACGAUCAAUUUCGAAAUCCACAGUGGUUAUGCCAUGACCAUCAUACUUGGGCCGCGAAAUGAGUCGGUAGGUUGGACACGGUUGGAGGUGAAGGACGAAGCCAUAAGCAAGAUCCUUGAGAGAAUGGAGCAGACGACUGGUAUCGGCUGGAACCUGACGGAGCUUGAUCAGAAUGUUAAUGGAACUGGCAUAUAUUUUACGGGAAACGUCAACGCGUCGCGCCACGUUUGCGGGGUGAUAGUUGAGCGCUUGUCGAGCCAGCUUUCUAAAAAAAAAAAUCUUCGACUUUUAACGAAAGCGGCCUUACACUCAUCUAUUUCUCCCGCCUGGAGUUUCAAUCGAAGUUCAAAAGUGGUGGCACUCGUGGGUGGUCCACUCACAUGUCAAACACGUUUCUCCUUAAAGGGCACAAAAGGCCCGCCAAUGAUAGCAUACAUUCUCGUCAACUCUAAGCUAGCAAGCAAUCCGAUUUACGGGUUUGGAGGGGCGAAUUACUGA